AUGAGUUCCCUGAACGCUGUAUUAGGAACUAUAAUUGUGCUGCUUCUUGUCCUUAUAGGGCUGGUUAGCUACCUAAUAGCCACGCAAGCAAUCGACAUUGGCAUAUUUGGCGAAAGCGCUACCAGCACUGAGCCUGGCGGGACUACUACUUUACCUCCUGUUGUACCCAUUGAAACCGGUUUAAUUUGCGCCGAUCCAUUUAACCCGCCGUCGAUCUACUCAUCACGAAUUGUUGGAGGUCAAGAUGCUGUUCAAGGAAGUUGGCCAUGGAUAGCGCAUCUUGGAGUUUGUGGUGCUACAAUAUUGACUAAGAAGACUGAUGGUAGUAACGAUAUAAUAAUGACAGCCGCUCACUGUUGUGGUUAUUUCAGCGAAGCUUACAUUGGCAAACACGACGAAAACGGAAACGAUUAUUUCACAGUGCCAAUUUUGCAUUAUGAAAUGCAUCCUCAAUACAAUGAAAACACGGUGUCGCACGACUACUGCAUUCUCUUUGUACCAAAUCUGAUACAAAGUGCAAGUCCUGGGGCCGUCUUCGAACCUGCUUGUCUACCAGAUGGUUAUUUUGGACACGAGAAACAAUGCAACGUAGCCGGCUGGGGUACCCUUUCUUCUGGCGGAUCUACGCCUGAUAUUCUCCAAGAAGUCGAUAUCACGCUUAUGUCAAAAGACUACUGCAUCCAAAAUAGUGUUUUGACCGGAAACGACUUAGAUGAAUCUAUGUUCUGCGCAGGACGGCUUGACGGUGACGAGGACGGACAAACAGAUGGAGGAAAAGACUCUUGCCAGGGAGAUUCCGGCGGGCCAGUUAUUUGUUCUCAAAAUGGAGUACCAUUCUUGUCGGGCGUGGUUUCAUGGGGCUUCGGCUGUGCUGAUGAAGGAGCGCCAGGCUUUGUUAAAACUUGGGCAAUGAGUUUUUUCUCUGCAACUCCGCCGUGCUUCGCCGCCAUCAAUUAUAAUCCAGAUAACGAGUCCAACUUCUGCGACAUAACUUCUGCUGGGAUUCAUGAGGGACAGCAAUAUGGAAUCACGAUUCCUCAAGAUUACGGAGAGGACAAUAACUGCACGCUGACUAUAAACAGGAUUUCUUCGACAAAAGCGAUAAAUCUGUACAUAGAAUUUCUUGAUUUGGAGCCUGGAUACGAUUUCCUUUACAUCGAUUCAAACGCACAGUCAUCCUUGUACAGCAAACUGAUCAGCAUCGACCAAGAUAGUGUCCAGCUAAGAUUUACAUCUGAUUAUGCGAUUUCUAAUUACAAUGGACUGAAAAUGUCUGUCAUAUUAGGAGACUAUGACAACAACUGUGACAUCGUUUCAUCAAGAUCCCUGAAAGAUGCCCGUAAGCCAAAAUCGCUUACGAAAAAAUCGCAAGCUCAAGAAAACUAA